UUCGCCGGUCGCGGAUGCCUUCAUGGCUGCCAUAUUAGAAAGGAAGUGAUUGCAGGAGGUAGCGGUAGAGUAGGGGCGGAAAAGCCCUUCUUCAUUACCAGUGCGGAGAAGGACGUAGUGAUUCCCCUUGACCAAGAUUAUUCGGCAGGGGUCUCAGGAUCUGAGCGGCAGGGGAGCUUGACAGGCAGCAUCCCAGAAGGGAAAACGGUGGCUGCGGCGGCGGCGGCGGCUUUGGCCUAAGAUGGCGGACCCGGCGGAGUGCAACAUCAAAGUGAUGUGUCGCUUCAGACCCCUCAACGAUUCGGAAGUGAUUCGAGGCGACAAGUAUAUCGCCAAGUUCCAGGGCGAAGAUACCGUCGUCAUCGCGUCUAAGCCUUAUGCAUUUGACCAUGUAUUCCAGUCACAGACAUCACAAGAGCAAGUAUAUAAUGAUUGUGCUAAAAAGAUUGUUAAAGAUGUGCUUGAAGGAUACAAUGGUACAAUAUUUGCUUAUGGACAAACAUCAUCUGGGAAAACUCACACUAUGGAGGGGAAGUUGCAUGAUCCAGAUGGAAUGGGGAUUAUUCCAAGAAUAGUGCAAGAUAUAUUUAAUUAUAUUUAUUCCAUGGAUGAAAAUUUGGAAUUUCAUAUUAAGGUAUCAUAUUUUGAAAUUUAUUUGGAUAAAAUAAGGGACCUUUUGGAUGUCUCAAAGACCAAUCUUUCUGUUCAUGAGGACAAAAACCGAGUACCUUACGUGAAGGGCUGCACUGAACGGUUUGUAUGUAGUCCAGAUGAAGUUAUGGAUACUAUAGAUGAAGGAAAAUCAAACAGGCAUGUAGCAGUUACAAAUAUGAAUGAACAUAGCUCUCGAAGUCAUAGCAUCUUUCUCAUUAAUGUAAAGCAAGAAAACACUCAAACAGAGCAGAAAUUGAGUGGAAAACUUUAUCUUGUAGACUUGGCAGGUAGUGAAAAGGUUAGUAAAACUGGAGCAGAAGGUGCAGUAUUGGAUGAGGCUAAAAAUAUCAACAAAUCUCUAUCAGCUCUUGGAAAUGUCAUUUCUGCUUUAGCUGAAAAUAGUACAUAUGUUCCAUAUCGAGAUAGUAAAAUGACCAGAAUUUUACAAGAUUCCUUAGGAGGCAAUUGUAGAACCACAAUUGUUAUUUGCUGUUCCCCAUCAUCUUACAAUGAAUCUGAAACAAAAUCUACACUGUUAUUUGGUCAGAGAGCCAAGACUAUCAAGAAUACAGUGUGUGUUAACGUAGAAUUAACUGCAGAACAGUGGAAGAAAAAAUAUGAAAAAGAAAAGGAGAAAAACAAAACACUACGUAACACUAUCCAAUGGCUUGAAAAUGAGCUCAGUAGAUGGCGCAAUGGAGAGACUGUACCUCUUGAGGAACAGUUUGACAAGGAAAAGGCUAAUUUGGAAGUAUUUGCUGUGGAUAAAGAUAUUGCAAUUAUUAAUGAUACCCCAACUCCUACCAUUGGAGUGAUUGGCAAUUUCACUGAUGCUGAAAGGAGAAAGUGUGAAGAAGAAAUGGCUAAAGUGUAUAAACAGUUAGAUGACAAGGUAUGUAUUACAAGCUAUAUAUAGUGUAUUUAUGGGUUU